AUGUCUGUCACCGUCUUCCCAGACGAAGUUCUUCUCCUGAUUCUUGCCGACCUACUCCCAAUAGAUGUUGUGUCUAAACGUUUUAACGAACUUACGAAGGAUAGCAGGCUAUGGGGGGAUGUCUACAGCAACACGCCCCUUCCUGUGACACCCAAGCAUCAGGUCCAUCCUCGCGAGGCAAAGGACAAUAUUGUCAAGUCAUAUACAUUAGACAGAUACCUUAGGAAUGAGAUGUCUCGCGGACCUCAACCUUUGGUAACAAGUCUCGUUGGAGAGGUCCACCACGGCCAAAGAAUCGAAGGAUAUCAAGUGAUAUGGGAGCGUUACUUGCUACUGAUGAAAUCCGACGUAAUUCGUUGCUACGAUCUGGAUGGUUUGGUCCCGGGCAAGACGGAACCAAUUUGUGAAACCCAAUUACCUCCUGGAACGUUAUACAGCUCCAUUUUAUCUCCACACAAGAUCAACUCCAACGGCAUCAUCAAUGGCUACUUAUACUUUGGAGUUCCGACGAAAACAUCUAUAUUCCUAAUGCCUCAUCUUACUUCCUCGCCUCCGUGCAUCGAAUUCGACAUUGAGAUUGGUCAGGGCGCGCAAUACCACACACUUGCCACAGGUCAUGGCUACAUCCUUUACACGGCAGUGGGCACCAACGCCCUUUAUUUAUUCUCUUUCAUAACCCGAGAGGUGUACAAGCUCCAACACAUAUCUGACGCCUCUAUCUUCUUGACAUUCGAAAUCACCCCGCGACACGUUAUCGGAGGCGGUUACUUCGGACACCUCACCACCAGGAUAUACGCUUGGGUCUUACCGCACCUAAUGACAAUACCGCUCCCCCCGCUCCUUCCUCAGAAGCACACCGAAAUCCGGAAAGAGAGCUAUAGCUUUCAGGUAGUCCAUUGGUACCUUUCAGAUUACAGCAAAGUGAUCUUCAUCCUCACUUCUCCUGCAAGCGAUGUUUACACGACGGAAGGAGAUGAACCGGCGUUCCUUGCAGUCUACGGAGCCAAGAUCAUUGACGAAGCGGACAAAAUCGAAAUCGAGCGCCUGACAGAGGGACUGCUUAGUACCUCAUCAUACUCCUUAACGAUAACGUCCAUGGCUAGCGGCUUCGCCAAUCUUUAUUUAAUGUCAACCCGCACCAUGAACCCCACUCUCUUCGUGUUUCGGCUGGAACCAGGAGGUGGAGAUACAGCGCUCGACAACCAGACGGAUUGGAAAAUGACCCUUAUCAAAGAAGUGCAGUUCAGACUCGACGCCCAAGGUAUGGUAGACUUCUUCUGCGACCCAUACAAGGGGCGGAUGUAUUGGCCCCUUGCAGAUUCUAGUAUUUUGAAGCUGGACAUCCUUGAUGUCCUCGAUGAGUAG